CAUUAUGAGAAGCGGCCUCAAGCACAGCACGUCUUGUGCCCGCAGUAUCGGGGAGUGAUUAUCGGUAUCAUGCGCACCCAACGCGAACGUCAGUAAUGAUCCAGUAAAUUCCAAUAGUAUCGUACUGAGGGCAGGAUUCGCACAAGCGAAGCUAAAUAUUAGGAGGAACACCGAUCGAGUCGGUAACAACAAUGACGAAGAAAUGAAAAGGAGAUGAUGACAAGUCUAGCACGUGGCAACGUUGAGGGCUUCAUCAGGCAUCUCCACGCUCCUUCUCUCUUCCGUCCUCCUCCCAAAAAAUGUCGGUCUACCUGAACCCGAGCAACACCCUUGGGUUUACUCGCCCGCUCACCGUUCUAGUAAAACGAUCGCUCAGUAUCACCAAUCCCAAUGCCCAGCCUAUUGCCUUCAAAGUGAAAACGACAGCACCGAGGCUGUACUGCGUGCGCCCUAAUUCUGGCAGAGUGGAACCGGGUGAAACAGUCGAGGUGUCUGUGAUGCUGCAGGCGAUGAAGGAGGAGCCCCCGAUUAACGCCAAGUGCAAAGACAAGUUCCUCAUUCAGAGCACGCUCAUUACCCCCGAAAAAGAGUCGAGAGCGUUGCAAGAUAUAUGGUCGGUCACAGAAGGCGCUACAGACGACACAAAGGUCUUUCAACAAAAGCUCAAAGUCACGUAUCUGAGACGUGAGGGCGAAACAUUGGAAGAAGUAGAUGAAACCCUGGCCAACCAGAGCUCCAUGAUGAAUACGUCAGAUUCGCAAUACGACACCGUACGCCAAGUCCCGAUAACAAAUGACCACCCUGCUCUCAUCCCUGAAUUCAACCAAUCGACGUCCGAAGAGCGCCCAGCUACGCCACCCAAUGACUUUAGUGCCGCCCGUGAAGAAGAGCACCAUGAAGAACCUCCAACUAAACAAAUUCCGUCACCCCCCGUGUCUGUAUUCGUCCAGCCUGCUCCCGAACCCGCCCCGCCAGUUGAACAACCGUCUACACUUGCACCAUCGCCACCAAGUGACGAGCUCCUGGUGAAAUACAGGGAAGCUGAGGCUGAGAUUGAGCGUCUGAGAAGUCUGCUUGCAGCAGCAGCUCCCCCACCCCAAGUCCCACCCGAGACUCACGAGUUGCGAAGACGUACUAGGCGACUUUCUGAUGACAUGACCAUUACGCCUGGCAGCGAGGUUGGUACGAUGAUUGGGGAAGAGGUAGCCUGGCAACCAGACGGCGUUCCACUACAAAUCGUGGUUAUCAUUGCGCUCGGAGUGUUCAUCGUGACGUAUCUCUUCUUCUGAUAGAUACUUCAUGAUCAUGACGCCGUUUUCUUCUGCAUGUGGGUCUGGAUGGUUUUUAUAUACAUAUACUUGGCUGUUGAGUGUAGCGCUAUUCAGACCUACGACUGGUUGCCCAUUUCGUUGCAUAUAUCCUUUUCCUAUUUUAUGGUCGUAGUGACCGAGCGAGGUACAUUAGUCCGUUCCGAUUGUUAGGCACAUUCUUGUAUGUAUUGAGGGUAUACAUCUUUAUUGCGGCCGUCGUGUAAACGCGGCCUCGUUUAAAUGGCG